UUAUACUUAUUUUAAUUUUUUUUUUUAAGUAGGUUUGAGAUAUAAUGUAUACAUUAUUCAAUUAUUUUAAUUGUGUAAAUGAAAAAUUAGCUUUUUCUAAAUUGUUGACAUAUUCGUACCAGGUGUAAUUCGAACUUCGAACUACGCUGUCAAACAACAGCUGAUUGGCAAAGUGCGUUUGUAAACGUUUAAGAAAGUGUGAAAUUUUGCGCGUGAAAAUUUGUGCAAAACAAUAUUAAUCAAAGUUUUUGUUAAUUUAUGUGUUUAAAUAAAAAUCGUCCAAAAUGUCGUAUAUGCUACCACAUUUACACAAUGGCUGGCAAGUAGAUCAGGCCAUUCUAUCCGAGGAAGAUCGCGUAGUAGUUAUUCGUUUUGGCCACGAUUGGGACCCCGCUUGCAUGAAAAUGGACGAAGUCAUGUACAGCAUAGCGGAGAAAGUGAAAAAUUUUGCUGUAAUUUACUUGGUCGACAUCACUGAGGUGCCUGACUUUAAUAAGAUGUAUGAAUUAUACGACCCGUGCACCGUUAUGUUUUUCUUCCGCAAUAAACAUAUCAUGAUUGAUUUGGGCACUGGUAAUAACAACAAAAUCAAUUGGCCGCUUGAAGAUAAACAGGAAAUGAUCGAUAUUGUGGAGACUGUGUAUCGUGGUGCACGCAAAGGUCGUGGUCUAGUCGUAUCGCCAAAAGACUAUUCUACAAAAUAUAGAUAUUAAAUUUAUUAAUAUAAUUAAGCCGCCCAUCAUCGCAUUUAUCCAACUCAUCUCAUCUAUCAACUAACUAGUUCUAUUUAAUUAAAAAAAUGUCAAAAAGGAAAAAAA